AAACAAUGGUCACUACCGAAAUAUUUACCCGGUACUGAAGAUGCAUGCAUUAUUUGAUCAAGAAUGCACGAAGCAGUUAGUUGUAAAUACCAGUUCAUUUAUGCAACUAUGCGACGACGAAGUGCGGUUGAGGCAGGAAAAAUGGCGGAUUUUGUUUUAUGGUUGGUGUCCGUCAGUGACACCAUGGACACAUCCGACCAACACUGGCAACAGAAAUUGAAAUGACCAAGAUGGAGGGGUCAAAUGUGCUGCCGAUCGUUGGUGAGGGUAAAGUUGGAGCGGCUCAGUAUGCUGAUAAUGGGGCAGUGUUGUACCAGGGACAGGGUGAUACAUACGGCAGUAUUCAACAUGUAACAGAUCAAGUUCCUCCUGUUAUUAUGGCAGACCAGUCGGCUCAAAACCAGGAUUUCCUGAAUGGUAGCCAGGAACUUUUCAGCCAGCAGUCUGCACAGCAUGUAUACAGUCAAGGUGAUCAUGUUCAUACAGCAGCAACAGGCAAUAUUGUUAAUGCGAGCAGUGCACCUCAGAUAAGUGCUGAUUUUGAGCCAGUCCCUGUUAGUGAGCCUACUAUAGUUCCUGAAAAGUACACACCUCUGGAAGGAGGGGACCAUGUAGAGAACAAACAGCUUGAUGCUGGCACUGAGGCAGCGGUUGAAGUUGUUUCUGAAACAAUUAAGUCUGGGGAACAAGUCACUAAUGUUUCUGUAGUCGAGUCAAGUUCUGCUGGCAAGGAAAAGUCAAUGUCUCCUCCCAUAUUGGAAGAAGAGAAGGAAGUUGGUGAGAAUGAGGAGAACCCUGAUGAGGAUGCUCCAGUCAUUGAAGUUGAGGCACCUGCAAAAGAAGCAAGAGGUCGUGGAAGGAGAGGAAGGCAGUCAUCUGGAAAGUCUGAUGAAGGUGAGGAAAAGGUAACUCCAAGGAGAGGAAGAACACCGAAGGUAUCAAAAUCAGCUGAAGAGAUUGAAGAAGAUGAAGAGAAGAAGCAGUAUCCAAAACGCACAAGAGGAUCUCCAGGUGACACUCUAGGUAAGGCUGGAAAGGCUGGUAAAAAUCAAGUUGAAGAAUUGGAUGAAGAAGAAGAGGAAGUAGAAAAUGAAGAAGAAGAAACACCAGUAAAGAAAGGCAGAGGAAGACCAAAGAGGUCAACAGAAGAUACAAAGCCAAAUCCAACUCCAAAAGGUAAGGGUAGAGGCAGAGGAAAAAAGAAUCCUGAAGAAGAUGUACCAGAAGAAUCUCUAUCACCAAAGAAAGGCAGAGGAAGGGCAAAGAAGGUUGUGAAGGAAGAAAUUGAGGAAGAGGUUGAGGAAAUUGAAGAAGAAUUUACACCUAGAAGGAGAGGCAGGCCCUCUAAGUCAGCAACACCAGUGCAGAAAAAUACUCCCAAGAAAGGAAACAUACAGCAAGCUUCAGUAGAUGAAGAAGGUGUGGAGGAGGAGGAAGAAGAGGAAGAAGAAAUUGAGGAAGAAAUGGAAGAAGAAUAUGAAAAUCCAUUAAUAGAACGAAAGCGUGCAGAAAUGUUUGGUAUAGAGUAUUCUUCACCUGCAAAGAAAAUGAGAGGAGAGAUGGAGGUAACAGAUGUAAAAGAAGAGAUCGAAGAUGAAGAAGAAGUGGAAGAAAUUGAAGAUGAUGAAGACAUAGAUGAAGAAGAUGAGGAGUAUGAACAAGCAGUGAUAAGAAGGGCCCAGCAGGGAACAGAAAACGAUCCUUACAGUUUUGAGGAAAUGGACCAAGUUCCGCAGCCAUCAACUUCUCAGCAACCACAAUCUGUAGAGUUGAAACCUGUACCAGCAACUCCAGUACCAGCCAUGAAAACAUUCUCUACUCAAACUCCUAUUGAGGCACCAGAACUUGAGAACUUUGUUGAAGUAGUUACCUUUAGUGAGUCUCCUGGUAAGAGAACUGUAAUGACACAGACAGAUCCUAGAUUAAAGAAGAAGAGAUUCGGUCCACUAGGCCUUGAAGGGGAAGAAUGGGAUAUGGAUGAUACACCACGUAAGCGCCGUUUCAAAGAUGAUGGUUUGGGUUUGUUCGAAGAUACUGAAAACAGAAGAAGGUCUUUCAAGAGAAAUGCAGAGGAGGCCCUGAAGUGUCCAUUCUGCGAUAAAGCAUUUAUAGGAUUAGUAAAACAUAUCAAAACAAAGCAUAAAGAUGAACCAGAUUUUGAAGAAGAGAUGAGGAAUGCAAAAUGGAGAGAGAGAAUCAUGAAAGUCUCGACAAUGGGGGAAAAUGAGGAGGGUGAAGCCUGUCCAGAGUGUGGCAAGAUGUCUAAGAAUCUGAAACGCCAUAUGGAACUACAUCAGCAGAACCGCAUGCAGAUCCCUUGUCCUAUAUGUGGUAAGGUUGUACUGAAAACUGGCAUGAGCUCCCAUAUGAGAACCGUUCAUUCUGGCAGAAGACCUUACAAGUGUCCACACUGUGACUACGCUUCUGCUUUCCGUGGAAAUCUUAACACCCACAUCAAAGGAAUGCACUUGCAUACUCGUCAGUAUCUGUGUAACACAUGCAAGGCAGCCUUCAAGACACUUGGAGCAUUGAUUGGCCACACCAAGCGUGUACACGAGGGAUGGAAAUCACCGAACCAAAAGAUCUUCAUCUGCUCUGUAUGUGAGAAACGGUUCACAAAGAAGUACCACGUAGAUAGGCAUAUGCUGAUUCACACUGGGGAACGGCCCCACAAAUGCCAUGAUUGUGGACGUUGCUUCAACAACAAGUCCAACUUAAUGUCGCACAUCCAACUAGUGCACAAAAAGCUGAGUCCGUAUCAAUGCGAUAUGUGCCAGGAGACUUUCAAAAGGAAAAAGAAGCUGCUUGAGCACAUUGGUGAAAUUCAUGUGUCCGCUGGAGAAUCUGCACAAGCCAUUGUAAGAAAGUAUGAGAUAGAAUAUGAAGAUGAUGAGGAUGACGAGAGCUUCGUGAAGCAGGAGAUGGACGGUGACGAGGAAGAAGGGGAGGGAAUCCAGCAGUUGCAUGGCGAAGAUGGUCAGACCUACGUAACUGUAUCGGAAGGUCAGUAUGCUGCGAUGGUGGGUGAAGGUCAGUAUCAGACCAUUCAGGCUGUACAAGGUCAGGAAGGUCAGGAAACAAUAAUUAUCGUUCAGACCAAUGACCCGAGCGAGGUUACACAAGCAAUUGUUAAUCAAGGCGGUACUGUACAGUAUGCAAUGCAAGAUGAAGCCGGUGUACAGCAAGAACCAGUUCAACCUGUACAAUAAUCAUAAAAAUAAUAGAGGAAAAAUUGACAGUACUUUAGCAAUAACACAGUUGAUCUGUAAUUUAUAAUCGAUUCACCAGCUGAAGUACAACACUGCAAGUGUUUUGUUAUAAAUAUUGACUGCAUGCUAAGUGUUAGUGUAAGUGUUGAUACUAGCAUUUUGAGAUUUAUGAAAUACCAGUAGACACUGGAUAUGUAUAUAUGUAAUAACGAAGUUUCUCAUUUUACUAUUUUAUUUAAAUGAGAAUAAUGUUGGAAUAAAUCGUCAUUCCGCAUGAAUGUAUAUCAUGAAAAAAAUGUUGUUUUAAAUGAGCUUGUGUACUUGUGAAUAUGACCAAAUAUUGUGUGAGUGAUAGAAUGAAAAAAAAUCUUUUGUUAAUGCAUUUUGAAGAUGUAUUCAUUUAUAUCAGUGGUGCAUACAUGUAUAUUUUAGGUAUCCUUAGAUCUGCAGCUUCUGCUUUGUUAUAGAUAUUGUUCUGAGCCUCGUUAAGUUUGAGAUAGCUGCUUGUCUUACUGAUUUAUUAUAUUAUCAAGCUAAAAUUUUACCUGAGAGGUGAAAAUUAGAUGUUAUUUUGGUUUUAUGACUUAAACCUUUCAAAUGUAUAAUUUCUAUUAAAAUGUCAUAACCUGUCUGUGUUAAUAAUGCAAAGGUUGUAGAAAUUUUUAAGCCGCUAAUUACAAAAAGAAUAUUCGUUCUCAUAAUUAUGAAUUGCAUGACAACAGGGUAAGGAGACAGUAAGAUUACACUGAAUAAAAUAUUUAAAAGUCAACUUUAAAAUUUGUCUUGGUAGAGCUACAAGUUAUUAAAUAAUUUUGUGAUUUCAAAAAAACUGUUCUUUUGUUGUUUUCAGAAAAUGUUAGCUGUUUAAACAAUAAAUGCUAGUAUUUGAUUGAGGUCUUAGUAAGACUCUUUUUUUAUGAAGAAUAUUUGAGCCGUGCCAUGGGAAAACCAACAUAGUGGGUUUGCGACCAGCAUGGAUCCAGACCAGCCUGCGCAUCCGCGCAGUCUGGUCAGGAUCCAUGCUGUUCGCUAACAGUUUCUCCGGUUCCAAUAGGUUUUAAAAGCGAACAGUAUGGAGCCUGACCAGACUGCGCGGAUGCGCAGGCUGGUCUGGAUCCAUGCUGGUCGCAAACCCACUAUGUUGGUUUUCUCAUGACACGGCUCAUUUGGUUCUAAGAAUGGGUCCUAGACCUGCGUGGAUUCAUAACAUAAUAGUUGGGUCUUAGUCUGAAACAUUGGUUCCCUACCUACCUACAAGAAACAGUAUUAUAGAUACAAAAAUUGCUCUUGUUACUUACAUGCCCAUAUAUUUCAAUUGUUCUGUAACUGAUCAACCUUUUUUAGCUUCUUUGAAUUGUAUGCAAUGAUUUUUGUUCUGUUUUUGUAAGGAAACAACCUAUUUCAUGUUGAUAAACCCUUUUUUCUUUUUGAAAAUUAGUGAAUUUAAGCUUCGAAUUGCAAACAGCCAAGCUUUUUUUUGUGUAAUCUGGAAGGAAAUGCUGAAUUUUAAGGCAUAAAACUGCAUAGUGUAUUACCAUACUGCAUAUGAGUAAUUGUUUCCUGCUUUGAUUGUUUAUGAUAGUCUUUAAAACUACAUUUGAUGCAUGCACGUUUAUCACACAAUACUGAAUUAAUGCUGCUGUAAUUUAUAUUAAUAUAUGUUACUAGGAUAAUUUCUAUCUAUACAGAAAUGAAUUACUGUUUUUCUGUGGUGUACUGAAAUGUUACAAUAAAUAAGAUGCUUUUAAAUAUUUUGCAGUUUCUUCAUCAGCGUCAGAAGUAUCUCGAUACCAAUCCUUCACUUGAUCAGAAAAUAAGCUUUUUAUUUUAUGAGCAGUUCAGCUAAGAAGUGUUAAUACAGUGAUGCUGUUUUUGUCAAUAAAAUUUAGUUUUAAACCAAUGAAAAGACCUGAAAUAAAAAAGAUUGUAUAUGUUAAGAUAAGCUUUUUUUCACAAACUAACAUGAAUUAUUAUUUUAUGGUAGUGGCUAGCUGGUGUGCAAUUCAUGAAAAAAGAUCUUGCUGACACAUAGCAACAAAAAUCUUCUCCUUUAUGUAGUAUUUAGUGCCAUAAGAAUUAACUGGUUUCAGUUUUUUGUAUCCAUCAGCUUGGUAGUUGAGAUAAGAAAUGUGAUUUUAAUAAUGCUUCAAUUCUUUUUAGAAAUGCAGAAGUAUUGUUGAUAGGUUCAUCAAUAUAGUGAAAGUGAUUGCUUAUUGAAAAGUUACUAUUUUAUAUGUAGAAUGUUACAAUGCAAAGUAUGAACAUUGCAUCGAUUUGAUUAUGAAUACUAUUUUGUAUUUGUAUUGUAAGGCUGUAAAAUGAGCUUGGUUGUCUUAAUGUAAAAUCAGCUGUAAAUACAUAGAAGAUGUGAAUAAGAA